GAAGAGGGACAUUUCGUUUCAUCGUCUUUCUGCCCUGUUCGAUCGAUUCCUUGCGUGUUGGAGAAAAGACAGAAUUUUCCAUGGCCACUGCAGCAACCGUCCCUUUAACAAGCGCGCGCCUUCCUCGUCUGCCUCGCGAAUUAUCAUUGCCCACCGCGACUUCGUCAGCGUCUCUCUCCUCUCUCGCUCCUUCUGCUCCGUCCAAGAUGGGUGUGUUCCAGAGCAGAAGCUCCGUGGCCGUGCCCCCAAGAAAGCUCGCUGUCAGGGCCGCGAGAACCGAGUCCGAGAGAGUCUCUCUCGGCUUCAGAGCUCCGCAAUUCCAGCUUCCCGAGCCGCUCACUGGGAGAAUGUGGAGCCUUGAAGAUUUCGAGUCUUACCCUGCUCUGCUGGUUAUGUUUAUAUGCAACCACUGCCCGUUUGUUAAACACUUGAAGAAAGAUAUUGUAAAGCUCACAAAUUUCCACAUGAAGAAAGGACUGGCAGUCAUUGCGAUAUCUUCGAACUCUGUAGCUACUCACCCACAGGAUGGCCCGGAGUUCAUGGCAGAAGAAGCUAAAGCAUUCAAUUAUCCCUUUCCUUAUCUAUAUGAUGAGAGCCAGGACGUGGCACGUGAUUUUGGAGCUGUUUGCACACCAGAUUUCUAUUUAUUCAAAAAGGAUGGGCGGAGGCCAUUUGAGCUAGUAUACCAUGGCCAGUUUGAUGACUCUCGACCAAGUAACAAUGUGCCUGUUACUGGAAGGGAUUUAAGCCUGGCCGUAGACUGCGUUCUCAGUGGACAACCUUUAUCAUUGGCACAAAAACCUAGUGUUGGAUGCAGUAUAAAGUGGCAUCCAGAGGUGAAAGUGUAAUCCACACUCGUUCACUUCCACUCAAGUUAUUGUAGUGGACUGUGAAGUCACUAUACCUGUUCCUUAAGGUUCAUUGAGAAAUUGAAAACCAAAAUUCAAGUUCGAGGUCUUACUGUGUUGGCAUGUAUAUUUGGGCUCACGUGUAUCCUGUUACUUGCCUUAUAUUAUCUCUGUACAGAUAGUGGAGAAACUGUUAAGAGUGGAUUGUCACAAUGUACGGUUCUUAGUUUCUCAGCAAUAAAUUGCCUGUUUCAACGUU